GGUCGGGCACUAGCUUUGCUUCCCUCGAAAUUGUUGCGUCUCAUCUCAUCGUCGUCGAGUGAAUUUUUGAUUCUCUACCAGACUUUCUCUCCCAUUAAGAGUUGACGUUUUUACAGCAAGUGCAAUUAAGGUCUUCUUCCUUCAUCUUAAAUAGCACUCGGAUUAGCCGUCUUCUACAUUGAUUUAUUGGUCGGGUGGGGUGUGCUGCUAAUUUAAAAUAAUGGUGGCGACGGAAGAAGAUGACAGCUUACAGUAUCACAACAGCAGUGCGAUGGGAGGACCAUCCUACUUUUCCUGGAUCCUCAGCCCUACGGUGGCAAUCGUUUUUGCAAUUAGUAUAGUUGGCAGCAUUUCCAUCUUCUUUCUCGUCUGCAUUUCUAAAACUUUUCGGAGGACGUCAAAUUAUUUGGUCGCCAAUCUCUGCAUCGCGUCCGUUUAUCACAUCACAAUUUCACUUUUCUACAACCUCCAGUCCGGAGGAGUCAUCUCAUUGGAUCCGAAAUAUGGGGAAACAGCGUGUCAAAUUCUAUCGUUUGUGCACCGACUGUCCACUCCAGUCCUGCCCUUGACAAUUGCGGCCAUAAGCCUCGACCGCAGCGUGGUUGCGAGGAACCCACAAGAUUACCCGUCGCGAAAGACAGCCAUCGCCAGAGUGGCAAUGAUCUGGACUUUCUCCUUGAUUUUGCUCAUUCCGAGGGCCAGUAUGAGCAUGUUUGAUGAGAAGAUUAAGGGCAACUUCAAAUGCAGAAAGGUCUUACUCUGGAAUAGCAUAUUUCUACACACUUCCUACGCCGUUGUCACUCUUUUUGUCAUCUACAUCAUCCCAACAUACAUCUUGGUGAAAGAAUUCUUCGCCAUGCGAUGUCAAAUGCGGUUUCUCAUGAUGAGCCAGGUUGAGCAAAGAAAGCGCUUUCAUCGAAGGGUUCGAGUCAUGAAAAAUGCCUGCAUUUUUACAUGCAUAUUCAUCACAUGUUGGCUACCACAAGGAUUGCUACAAUUUCCUUUCGAUUUGCCCAAUUUUGAUGAAUAUUUCUUCUCUCACGAGUUCAUGCAGGGUAUCGUUCCCAUCAGAGAUUUUUUCAGGCAACUGUCCGUCUUCAAUACGUGCUUAACUCCGAUAAUCCUGCUGGUCCUGAGUUUCGAUAUUAGAGAGUUUCUAUCAUCUUGUUACGUAUAAAAAAGCGGGGCUGGAGGUUAUUGUAUUCUCGAAUAUCGUAUGAUACCGGUUGCUAAAUGUAUCUAUCCAGGGUGCAUAAACAUUUUUGUUGUCCGUGGUUUCUCCUUAAGAGAAACCACGGACAACAAAAAGUUUAUGCGCCCUGGUAUCUAUCUCAUUAGUUGUGUAACAUAUUUUUGUAUUUGACGUAAAAACUUGUAUUGAUUCUUUGUUAAACUUUUGCCCUAUUUUCUCUGUAUCAUAUUUUAUUUGUUACUCUUAAUGUGCUCACAUUUUCAUUGCCAAUUUACUCACAGGUUAUUAAUAUUGAUAUAUAAAUGUUGUGAUAUAGACAUCUCAUUGUGUGCAGAAACGUAACAUGGUACCUGACUAUAUAUGGUGGAGAAAGCAUAAAAAUUUGUUUUAAGUGAAAAACGUGGACAGAUGGACGUAUUGUACUUGUACAAAAAUAAUAUAUUAUACAAAAUUGCAUUUAAAUAAAUAAUUAUUUCUUUUAAAAUUUU